AUGUUGGCCAAGUGCCAUGGCGUUUUGGCCAUGCGAAUGUCGUCCGUGCGCCAGAAAUGGACACAUGCGAUGCCUCGUGACUUGAUUGCACCUUCAGCCGUCGUGGACGCAGAUCGCCCGAACGACGUGAUCAGGCAGUUCAAUGCGCUGAAGCGCAUGGCGAGACAGAAUGGUGACAUUCAAAAGGCUGCUCGGACGGUUCGCCGAGAGUUUCCAACUGACACGCGGGUCAUCAACCGCCAAAACCAGGUCUACUUUGCGAAGUGGCACUACAUGAAGUACUGUACCCAGGUGAUUCAAUACUCGAUGAGGAAAGAGCUGCGUUUGAGAGUCGACAUCGAGGAACAGGGCAGCAUCGCCCAGAAGCAAGUCCUCGGCAACGUUCCGCCGCCUGCCUGGGGAUGGACCCUCAGUUCUCAAAGCCCCGACCGUGUCUGA